AUGUCGCAAAUCCACGCCCUCUCCGACGACCAGGUCGCCGGCGAGCUCAAGAAGAUGACGGCCUUUAUCCGCCAGGAGGCCAUGGAAAAGGCAAACGAGAUCCGCCUCAAGGCCGACGAGGAGUUCGCUAUCGAAAAGUCCAAGCUCGUGCGCCAAGAGACGUCCACCAUCGACUCGUCGUACGAGAAGAAGUUCAAGCAGGCCAGCAUGUCCCAGCAAAUCACACGCUCCACCGUCUCCAACAAGAGCCGGUUACGCAUCCUGUCCGCCCGCCAGGAGCUGCUCGACCGCCUGUUCGAGGACGCCGGCAAGAAGCUGGCCGACGUCUCCAAGGACAAAAAGAAGUACCAGGCCAUCCUCAAGGCCCUCAUCCUCGAGGGCGCCUAUGCCCUGAACGAGGACAAGCUGCAGAUCAAGGUCAGGAAGGCAGACAAUGACGUCGCAAACAAGGCCAUCGAUGAGGCCCAGACCGAGUACAAGAGCGCCCUCAACAAGGACGUCGCCAUCACAAUCGACGAGAGCGACCCUCUGCCCUCCGACUCAGCUGGCGGAGCCAUGAUCGUUGGUACCGGCGGCCGCAUCGACAUCAAUAACACCCUCGAGGAGCGUCUGCGGCUGCUCGAGUCCGACGCCCUGCCCUCCAUCCGCGUCACCCUCUUCGGCGAGAACGAGAACAGGAAGUUCCGCGACUAA